ACGAUUUAAACUUAAAACAUUCAUCAACUCGACAAAAGCAUACACUGAGUCGACUCAGUUAUGAAUCCUCGAGUUUGUUCGUAAUCUUAUUCUUACCCAUGUGGUGACUCACUGCCUCGGCUGCCGUGUUCGCUCCUCUCCAUACUCGGCUUCAUCACGCCUUCCCGAAUUUUUGUCUAAUCUUUCUUCCAAUUCUUCCGAUUAACCUCCGUUUGCGACACUAAUCCUUCGAUUUCGAUGGUGUUUACCGUAGAAAUUUGAGGAUUCGUGUGUUGAUUGUGCAAUUUUUUUUUUUUUUUUUUUUUUUUUUGGUGUUCGAUUUCGUUUGUUUUGUGUUUUGUUGUUCUCUCUUUGUUCGAUUCGAUAUGAUGAGCUAUGGAGAUAAGGAGGAGGAGGUGGACCUGCACUCGUCUCAUGAAGAAAUGGAGAGUUUGGUUCUUGACGAUCCUCCCGACGGGCAAUCUCAUGGUAGGAACGGUCAAUUGAGUCGGCCGGUGAUGAUUAAUUAUGAUCCCUUGCUUUCGUCGUCGCCGUCUUAUGCAGACCGUCAAAGCCCUGAUUCGCCUUUCGAUUCGUUUCUUGAACCUCCUUCUUAUGCAGAGGCGAUUUUCACGUCUUUUGAUUCAUCAUCUAAUGGCCGCGAUGGAAGCCCUGACUUCUCUUCCACAUCCAACGCUUUGAGCUCUGAGUUCUUGAGUAUUUCGGUUUCGGAUCCGCAGAGAAUGGAUGAGCUAAACAAUUCGUUGGUCCCCGGUGGAAGUGGUUACUACACAUAUCUGAUUACGACGACAACGAAUCUACCUGAGUACGGAGGGCCUGGGUCCGAAUUUGGUGUUCGAAGGCGGUUCAAGGAUGUUGUAGCAUUGUCCGAUCGAUUGCUGGAGUCGUACCGUGGGUUUUUCAUACCGACGAGGCCCGACAAGAACGUGGUGGAGAGCCAAAUGAUGCAAAAGCAGGAGUUUGUGGAGCAGAGGAGGGUUGCAUUAGAAAAGUAUUUGAGGAAAUUAGCAUUGCAUCCAGUAAUUAGGAAAAGUGAGGAGUUGAGAAUGUUUCUGGAGGCAAAGGGGUCGUUGCCAUUAGUUAGAAGCACUGAUGUAGCUUCAAGGAUGCUUGAUGGAGCGGUGAAGCUGCCGAGGCAGCUGUUUGGGGAACCAGCGGCGGCGGUUGAUUUGCAGGAGGUGGUAAAACCUGCAAAAGGGGGCAGAGAUUUGUUGAGAAUCUUCAAGGAGUUGAAGCAAUCAAUGACAAACGAUUGGGUUGGGUCAAAGCCGAUGGUAGUGGAAGAAGAUAAGAAGUUCUUAGAGAAGAAAGGGAAAUUAAUGGACAUUGAACAGCAACUUGGCGAGGUCUCUCAACAGGCUGAAUCACUGGUGAAAGCUCAGCAAGACAUUGGAGAGACAAUGGGAGAACUGGGAUUAGCAUUUGUGAAGCUGUCCAAAUUUGAGACUGAAGAAGCUAUGCUCGAGUCUCAAAGAGUACGAGCUGCUGACAUGAAAAAUUUGGCCACUGUUGCUGUUAAAGCCAGCAGAUUGUAUCGAGAACUAAACUCACAAACAGUGAAGCAUUUGGAUAAGCUUCACGAUUAUCUUGGAGUUAUGUUAGCUGUCAACGGUGCAUUUUCUGACCGAGUAAGCGCUCUACUGACCGUUCAGACCCUUUCAUCAGAUCUAUCUUCGUUACAUACGAGAAUUGAGAGGCUUGAGGCUGCUUCAUCCAAGAUAUUUGGUGGGGACAGAUCCAGGUUGCGGAAAAUUGAAGAGUUGAAAGAUACUUUGCGUAUUACAGAGGAUGCUAAGACUCGUGCAGUGACAGAAUAUGAUCGGAUCAAGGAAAACAAUAGGAGUGAGCUUGAGAGGCUCGAUAGGGAGAUGCAAGAAGACUUCACACAUAUGUUGAAAGGCUUUGUCCUUAAUCAGGUGGGAUAUGCAGAGAAAAUGGCAAAUGUUUGGGAGAGUCUUGCAGAAGAAACUAGAGAUUACCAGAAAGAUCACAGCUGAAAAUUUUGGAUGUAGUUUUAACAAGGAUGUAUACUACGAACACGCCUUUUGAUUAAUGAGGAGUUUCUUGUAGACUUAGCAAGCGGAUCAGUGUACGUUAUUCUCGUCUUGUAAACUCUUUUGUUCAGCAAAUUUAUUACGUUUAAUAGAAACUACUCGUAAAUUUA